CCAUCUUUGGACCCGUAUAAGAUCUUUUUUUGCCCCACGACCUCGCAAAUAUUUUCUUUUAUAUCGUAUUUACUUCACCUAUAGAAUUUGUUUUACAUUUAAUAGAAAAUCUUUAGUGACAAUGGACAGCCAGACAGCCUCUGCCAAGGUGCUAGUCGCCGGAUCUGUAAACGGCAGCCUGCCAGACUUUUUUGCAAAGGUUGCAAAGCUGGACACCAAGUACGGCCCGUUCUCUUUCUUGCUUGUCACCGGAAACCUCUUUAGCAGCAGCGCUGACGACAACGAGGACGUCGAGCCCAUACUCAAGAACGAGAUCACCGUGCCCAUCAUGACCUACGCCAUUAGGGCCAGCCUUAGAUCGGGCGAGAUCUGCAACAACUUGGUCAUUCUUCGCGGCCAAGGCAUCCUGCAGACGUCGGAGGGUGUCAAGAUUGCGUACAUUGGCGGCAACAAAUCCGAGUCUGUUAUUCAGGCAGAGGAAACCCAGGACGGUGUGGCCGAAGAGACCGCCGAUAAGCCUGCACCGGACACCGACAACGCUGAAACCAUCGACAUAGUUGUUGACGAUCAGGUCAAGGACUUGGGUGCAGCUGCGUUCAACACCGAGGCGAUGGCCGACCUGAUCACUCAGGUGGCGAGCGAGAACGAAAAGGCGUUCCAAAAAACCCAGUCCCAGCCGAGCAUUGAUAUUCUAUUGACCUACGACUGGCCAUUUGGCGUUUUGUGCAAGGACCAGCUGGGCGAGAAGGUCAUGAGAGCGCCCUCGGCCUCGAACAAAAUAUCGUACCUGAACGCGACGAUCAUGCCCCACUACCACUUUGCCGCCAGCGAGGGCCAGUUCUACGAGCGGCUGCCGUGGACAGAGACCGAGGCUCACUUUACGCGUUUUAUCGGGCUGGGCUCGGUGAACAACUCCGAGCACGGGAAGCAGAGGUGGUUCUACGCUAUGAAUGUGAAGCCGCUUCAGGCAUCCAGCCAGGGCAAGGUGACGCCCAACGCUGUGCCUGACAGCUGCACGCCCAACCCGCUGUACCAGUUUGCAAAGCUGAACUCGGUGCUUGACAGCAAGGUCCUGGAUAAGGUCAUCUCGGGAAUCAACGCCAUGCAGAACAUUGACAGCAGAGACCGCCCCAAUGACAACAGCCAGGGUCGCAGGCAGCCUCCCCCAGUGAACUAUGUUUGUAAAAUUUGCAAGCAGCCCGGGCACUGGAUCCAAGAUUGCCCCUCAAAGGAAGAGUCAAAGCGGCAGCGCACGGAUAAUUUGCCACCCGCCAAGUACGUCUGCAAAAAGUGCAACCAGUCUGGGCACUGGGUUAGCGAGUGUCCGGAUGCCGCCGCCAACGCCGCAGCAGCCACAGCCAAAAUCUGUCUAAUUAAUCUGAUGGUGGCCAUUGGCAACGAGGCGUACAUGACGAUUUCCAAGGGCGCGCUCGUCAUCAGCGGCGACAAGGAUGCCAGCGGCUUUGAGGGCCAUGCAGCCCUAUUCCAGGCGGUGGCCACCCUGCGCCGUGCACGCAACAGCGACAGCGAUUCUGACAAGAGCCUGUGCGCCGAGAUUGGUAGGUGGGUGGGCAGUGUUGCAGGGAUGUUUGCCGGGUAUGGUUGCAUUCCGCUCGUGUUCGAGACUUGUCGCUUCUUUCCGCACGUCCACACGACGUUGCAAAUAGUCCCGAUACCCAUGGCUAAGGCCGCGACGUUCAGGGACACGCUGAACAAGCUGUGCGAGGAAGACGGGCUGGAGGUUUGCGAAGGCCACCCAGAGAGCCACAUUGACGGAUAUUUUGCAUUCAAUGAUAUCACUUCUAUGGACGGGAAGGAGCUGUUUAUUCGCAUCCAGAAGAGGGGCAAGGCAUUUAACCUCCAAUUUGGCCGCAGGCUCGCUGCAAGGAUCCUGGAAAUACCCGAACGCGAGGAUUGGAGAAAGUGCGUUGUCUCUGAGGAGGCUGAGGCCAGCGAACGUGACAAGUUUAUCGCUGCCUUUGCUGCAUUUGAUUUCACGCGCGAAACGGAACCGGCUGCAGCAACUAAUUAAUUAUCUGUGCUAUUUUUACUAUUUCGCUCAUUUAUUUUUGCUAUUUAUUCGGGAAAUUUUGCGUCUUUGUUUCAAAAUACAAUUGCUUUUCAAGCGCC